AUGACUAAAGCAGAAGAUAAAGGACCCGCUUUUGGCAUGCGCCAUGCUCAGGCCUUAUUGCUGUUCCUUAACAUUGUGGCCAUAUACAUUAGCCGUUUGAAUAUUGGAGUUGCUGUUGUGGCCAUGACAAAUGCGGAAACAACUAAUCCGGAUUUUCCAGAAUUUGAUUGGAGCGAAAAGGAAAUCUCCUACAUCUUGUCCAGUUUCUUUUGGGGCUAUGUUUUAACCCAACUGCCGGGAGGAGCUUUGUGUAAACGCUUUGGGGCUAAAAUCGUUAUGGGCUUGUCCACAUUCAUCUCGGCUGUGUUAAGUGCCAUAACACCUUGGUGUGUUGGUUGGGGUAGUUGGCAAGCAUUCUGCGCCAUAAGGGUAAUACAAGGUGUAGUUCAAGGUGUACUAUUUCCAUGUAUCUUUGAUCAUUUGGCAAAAUGGUGUCCAUUGAAAGAACGAAAUCGCUUGGGUGCUUUUAGCCAGACAGGCAUAGAUUGUGGUACGGUUUUGGCUUUGGGCAUAAGUGGCUUUAUAGCUGCUGGUCCCAUGGGUUGGCCCGGCAUAUCGUAUAUAUCAGCUGCAGUUUGUUUCCUAUGGUGUUUGCUAUGGCUCAUAUUUGGGGCGAAUAAUGUAUGCGAAUCUAAAUUUGCCACAGAAGCUGAGAGACAUUACAUCGAAUCAUCCAUGGCCCAUACAGAAGAUUUUCAUCAAAAGAAAAUUGCCAUACCUUGGAGGGCGAUUUUCACAUCUAUGCCAUUUCUCAUUUUGUUGAUUGCUCGUUGCUCCCACAUUUAUGGUCUGUCAACGCUGCAAUCCCAAAUACCUUCUUACUUAAAUGGAGUAUUGAACAUGGACAUCAAAUCGAAUGCCUUGAAUUCGUCAAUGCCCUUCAUGGCCAGUUGGGCAGUAUCAUACCUAUAUCUGUUCGCGGGUGAUUUCUUGCAGCAAAAGGAUAUCUGGAGCUUGACAGCCAUACGAAAAGUCUUCAAUAGUUUUGCCUUUUGGAUACCGGCCAUUGGUUUGGUGAUCAUAGGAUUUCUGGAUGAAGACAACAAAGCCUGGGCCCUGACCCUUAUGGUAAUAAGUGUGGCAGCGAAUAGUGGAAAUGUUAUUGGAAGUUCCUUAAACUCCAUUGAUUUGUCACCCAAUCAUGCGGGUUUUCUGAUGUCCGUUCUUAAUACAGCGGCAAGUGUUAUGUCACUAUUGGCGCCGCUUAUUGUGGGAUUUAUUGUCACAGAUGGGAACAUGCGUACCCAAUGGCAAAUUGUAUUUGCCAUUGCUGCAGCAGUGUUUUUUCUGGGAAAUUUGGUUUAUGUGAUAUGGGGUACCACAGACACCCAGCCCUGGAACGAUGAAAAUUUUCUUUUGCCUAAGGAUGCAGAACAUUCAAAUGGGGAAGAGAAACAUAAACAUAGCUUUGCUGAUGCUAUGCAGAAACCGCCAACUAUUUCAGAAAAGGUUGACUGA